UCGGCUGCCAACCAAACACCACGUGGAAGAACUAAAAUAGAAACCAACCACAACCACCGGCAAAUAACUUGCUCAUUUGGUAGAGCAACCGGAAAAUUACUCUGUAAUUAACGGCCGGGAAAUAGCUUUACCGGGGGUGGUCAGUGGUUAGUGGUGACGGUGGGUUUUGAAUGCUCAGAUGAAGCGGAGGCAAUCGGCGUUGACGGGAGAAGGUGAACAGACACGAAGACAUUCAUCCCAUUAUACCAACCACUAAUAGCUCCAUCAAGGGUGCAGUUCUCGUAAUAUGUCUCGUUCACUUCAAUCACAGUGUGGUGGUUCUUCUGGUACCUAAAAUCCUUGAUGGUAUACCUUCAUGCAGCGAUUCUCUGCGCAACCCCUAUUGCAUAUUUGUAUUCCUCCUCCAUCAUCCAUGACCGUUGCAAGGACUCUGUCCCCUCUUGCUGACGCUGCUGACACGACAGAAGUAAUGCAUUCUCUUCUCGUUUCUUGGGUAUAUAGUGGAACAUAAGGGGCAAUGGGCCUAAUUGCAUCCGAGAGGCAAAUAUUCAGUCUUUCGGGACCUUUCUUCCUCACAGAUGUUGACUGGAAUAAUGCACAUCAUCGAAGAUCUGUUGCUGCCAGUUUGGUUCAGGGUGUCUAUGUGCUAGAGCAGGACCGGCAGCAGAACCGCCAAGGGCCUGAAGCUCUUGCCCCACCUUGGUGGGAAUUUUUCCAUUUCCAGUUGAUUCAUCCACUUGUGGACAAUGUAGAUUUCUCUAUCUUUGGCGCUAUAUAUGAAUUCAAACCCCAGUUCUGCUACUAUGGCCACUCAACACAGGGUUCUCCAAGAUAUGUUGUUGCUUUCCGUGGCACCAUUACCAAGCCUGAAUCCUUCCUACGAGAUCUCAGUUUGGACCUCCAUUUCAUCCAGAAUGAACUCCACUGUACCUCUCGAUUCGAGAGUGCAAUGGAAGCUGUCCAAGACACAGUUACUGCCGCUGGAGAUUUGAAUGUAUGGAUAGCAGGUCAUUCUUUGGGAUCUGCUGUGGCGAUGUUGGCUGGAAAGAACAUGGCCAAGAUGGGCACUUUUCUUGAAUCAUUUCUAUUCAAUCCACCAUUCUUCUCUGCUCCAAUUGAAAGGAUAAAAGAUGAAAAAGUGAAGCAUGGGGUCCGCAUCGCAAGCAGCUUGAUCACUGCAGGACUUGCUGUGGCUGUGAAGGGUUACAACCAAAAUUCUCCAUCAGAAGAUCCAUUUCUUGCCUUGUCUGCAUGGGUCCCAUGUCUGUUUGUGAAUCCUGCAGAUGACAUCUGUUCCGAGUAUGCUGGGUACUUUGAGCACAGGAAAAAGAUGGAGGAGAUUGGAGCUGGAGGCAUUGAGAAACUGGCUACUCAGAACUCUAUUGGGGGCCUAUUCAUGCAUGUAAUUGGGAAGGAAGCAGAGCCACUGCACCUUCUUCCAUCAGCCAACCUGACAAUCAACCGGAGCCCAUCACCAGAUUUUAAACGUGCUCAUGGGAUUCACCAAUGGUGGAGGCCGAAUUUGCAGUUGGAAUGUAAAAUAUACCGUUACAGUUAAACAGAAUCGUCUUCCCUCUAAUAUAUGUUAAAAAGAAACUUUAUUUUAA